GGAAAAAUUACCAUAAAUAAUACAAUAUUUUUCUUAUUUCCCUAUAAUAAUACCAACUUUUGAUUAACAAUGAAUAAAUUAUACUAACUUUGGUAUGCAUUUUCCUCUAACAUCCUUAACCUGAUCGAAACCUACAAUAGUAGGUCAACUUGCAAAAAAAAAAAAAAAAAUACAAACAAUUAAAAAUGCAAUGAAAAAGAAAAAAAAGGAGUAUAUGGUAUUUGAUUCCCCAUCUCAGCCCUAACCCCUGCUCAGCCACCAUCCCCCAUCACUGCCGCCAUCCCCUAUCCACUGCCACUUCCACCAUUUCCCACCUAUUUCCGGCCACCAUCACGUUCACCAAAACCCACCACCAAAAUCGACUCCCUCGCCCCGCAUCACCUCUGCAGCUCCAUCCCUCUCCCCCAUCUACUGAUAUUCAAGAAAAAGUAAGAAAAUUAAUUAGACCACAUCAUAAUGUAUCUUCUUUCUUCCUCUUUUCUGUGCCAUUCUGAUCACUGAAAAUUAUGUCCUCCUUUACUCUAGAACCACUCCUUCAUCUACCUCUUAGAAAACCCAUCUCCAAAUUUCUGUGCUGUUGCAUUGGAUGCACAGCCUUAUCGCCGGCCAUGUAUUACUGGCAUUUCUGUAACUAAUCGUUCGAUUAACUGUUAUUAUUAUCCAUAAUCCAACUAUCAAGUAAAACCCAAAAGUUAUAGAAGCCAUUUAACAGAUUAUAGAUUACCUUUUUGCAAUCUUCAAAUUCCCAGAAAUCUUGAGUUCAACUUGUUUGUAUACCGUUUUUCUUGCAUUACUCUUCAAUGGUGGAAAACGAGCCUUUUGUGGAAACUUCGGAAGUAGCGGAGGAAAGGAGGAAUAGCGCCGGUGAUAGUCCAGUUUAUGUUCCUGUUCCUCGGAAUCGAGAGCUUAGAACUCCCCAUAGCGGAUACCAUUUUGAUGGAAGUACUAGGCAAUUUUUUGAGGGUUGGUAUUUUAAGGUUUCAAUACCAGAGAAGAGGCAAACAUUCUGCUUCAUAUAUACUAUUGAGAAUCCUGCAUUUCCUAAUAAAUUGACCCCUGCUGAAGAAGAGAAAUAUGGUCGUCGAUCUACAGGUGCUGGGGUUCAGAUUCUUGGUGCUUAUGACAAGUACAUUAGCCAAUAUUCAGAAGAAUCUCAUAACUUUUGGGGAAGAAGGCAUGAGCUAGUCUUGGGAAACACUUUCAAAUCAAAUCCUUGUGGAAGUUCACCGCCUCCCGCCAAUGAGGUUUUUCCAGAGGAAUUCAAUAGGAGAGUUGAUGAGGGUUUUCAAGUGACUCCGCUUUGGAACCAAGGAUUCAUUCGUGAUGACGGCAGGUCAAACAAAGUUGAAACUGUGAAAACAGCUCGUUGGGAGUAUAGUAUCCGUCCUGUAUAUGGCUGGGGCAAUUCCAAUUCUAAGCAAAAAUCAACAGCAGGCUGGCUUGCGGCUUUUCCUGUUUUUGAACCUCACUGGCAAGUAUGCAUGGCAGGGGGACUAUCAACAGGUUGGAUAGAGUGGGAUGGUGAAAGAUUCGAAUUUGAAAACGCUCCUUCGUAUUCAGAAAAGAAUUGGGGCGCAGGUUUUCCCAGAAAAUGGUUUUGGAUCCAAUGUAAUGUCUUUGAGGGUGUGACCGGAGAAGUAUCUGUGACUUCUGCUGGAGGGUUGAGGGCACUUCCUGGUGGCAGGAUUGAAAAUGCAGCAUUAGUCGGAGUUCACUAUGAAGGUGUUUUCUAUGAAUUUGUGCCUUGGAAUGGGGAUGUCGAGUGGCAAAUUUCUCCGUGGGGUUACUGGAAAGUUUCUGCCGAUAAUGGAUCCUACAAGGUGGAACUAGAGGGAAGAACUGAAGAUAAAGGAAUAAUGUUGAAAGCGCCUACCCCAGAUACAGGCCUCAUUGAUAUAUGCAGAGACACUUGCUCCGGUCGACUGAAAUUGCAUCUGUGGAAACGAAAAUCCGAUGGCAGCAAGGGAAAGGUUAUCUUGGAGGCAACAAGUAACAUGGCAGCUCUGGAGGUAGGCGGUGGACCAUGGACGGAGUCAUGGGUAGGAAGAACGAAAACACCGGCAAUCCUAAGUGCAGCUCUUAGGGUUCCUUUGAAUAUGGAGUUAGUUUCAAAAGUGGUUCCUUUUUUCAACCCUCCUGGCCUUUAACUUAGGACUUAGAUCCAAGGUUUGUCUAUUAAGUUUUGGUGUAUUAUGAUACAAGUAAUUGGUGUAUGUACCUAAUGGGCAAAGCUAGGAAAGGACAAAGGCUACCUCUAGGCUUCCAAAAACUUUACUAUAUGUCUAUAUUUCAAGUUGGAUAAUGAUAUAUAUAGCUUAUUAUAAGAAAGAAUCUAGUGAUUUUUAAUUUAAUUCAAUAUUAUAUUUGUUUUGAAAAUAUAAAA